CGGCGAGCCACAUUGCGUCCACGAGUUGCUGGUGGCUGUCGCCUGGGACUCGGAGUCAACGCCGAUUUAACGGUCUCCCAAGUACCCUCACGAUCCCAUCCAACAUACAUCUCUGCCUACAGCAGAUUUUAUUCCGGGAAACAUCUUCAGUGGUAGAUAUAGGUGCUGCCAUUGGAUCAUCUCAAUCGCGGUCAUUCCGUAAUACCUAUUACCCACCGCGACGCCCUACGCGCAUUGCUCGACGCGAUCUCGCGCACUCGACCGAGGUGUAUGACCUGGGUGCACGAUGACGAUCAUACUACUCCUCGUACACUAUAAAGGCGAGAAGACACAAAGAAUGAAAGACCACCGAGACAACGUCACACCGUACCUGGACGAGUUUGUGAACGACGACCUGGCGUUUCUCGGAAUGCCUGCACCUAAUCAAUGUGCGUGCACCUGGCAGUCGGGGUACAUCAAGUGUAUGUGGUCCACCGAUAGAGGCAGCUAUAUGCAGAGAUACAUAUCUGCCGCUUUUCGAGCGAUCGACGUGCAAUGCUUGCCCAGUCGGUCUAUAUCGAAGAUUGGGCUGUCAAUUGACGGCCCAAGUGCUAAAGCGCGAUACAUAACUGCAGCGAGCGUGAAGCAUCCUAGUGCUGCUUACACAAGCUAUCAGAAGCACUCAACGUCCCACACAGCGCGCUCAUGGGAACUUGGGAAGGCACCAAGUGCGCCGAAGACUUUCACCAUUGCGAGAGUGGCGGCCUCACCGAUGCCUUGCCCCUCGGGUUCAGCUACUUCAAGGAUAGGUGACCGUUUCUCGGCGUCAUGAUACUGCAUGCGAUGACAAUCACUAAUGCCAUUGAACGCGUCCUCCUCUCCAGAUGAUACUGCUUGUGCGUCACAAAUAUCGAACAAACCGGCCAGUUCUGUACCUGAUGUGUCGGUAUUCUCAGCAUCCUGGCGAACACGAACCGGAUUACCGCCGUCGACGCGAUUACGAUACGCCUCUCCGAAUCCCUCGAGCUCGACUAUCCCAGCAGGAACCUCGACUCUCACUUCAUCAAGACCAUCCCUGCGAGAUGA